UAUUGCUACUUCUUCACCAGGAAUAACAUUAGAGAAAUAUUAAGAGCCCAGGGCUUCAGUAAACGAGAUUGUCGCUACUGUUACUCUAUUGUACUAGUGGCAUUUCAAGAAAGCGAAGGAAAAAUACAACGAAUACAUCGGUUUGCUUCUCAUUAAAGCAGUUGGAAACAACACCCUUGAGAAACACUGGGAAAGCGUCGAUACGGGCGGUGGUGUAAUAUACAUUCCACUAUCUCUCCAUAGCGUUGCGGGAAAUAUAAACGACGGUAAAGUCUGGUAAAACAAAUGUCAGAGGAAGUCACGUCCCAUGAUGGGAUCGAUUUUACCAAGUAUUGCAUUCUUCAAAGCAACGAUCAUCCGCCGGUUGAAUUCAAGGUGGCUCGCGAGUCGGCUAAGAUGUCCGGCCUGCUUAAGGAUAUGCUGGACGAUCAGGAAGGGGCCGAUGCGAUUAUCCCAAUCCCCAACGUCUCCGGUCGCACCCUAAGGCUGGUACUGGACUACAUGGACUACCACUGCAACAAUCGUGCAGAGCCUAUCGAAAAGCCGCUUAAGACAAAGAUUGACGAUCUUCUUUGUGAAUGGGACUAUAAUUACUUGCAUCAAAAAUUGCUUAAAGACGGAGAUGAGCACCAACACGAAGCUCUCGUUGAUGUCAUCAUGGCUGCGAACUUCCUGAAUGUAAAAGAUCUGCUGGACAUGACAUGUGCCUUUGUGGCGAAUAUGAUCCGGGGGAAAUCGGCAGAGCAGAUUCGAGAGCUGUUCAACAUUGAAAACGAUUUCACGCCCGAAGAGGAGGCAAAGAUUCGUGAAGAGAAUCGCUGGUGUGAAGAAUCGUAA